ACCCGUCUCGGAGCUCCUCCCUCCUAACUCUCUGCGUUCUGUUACCGUAGCCGCCCCCUCUCUGUACUCCGCAGCAUAGGCGCUCUCUUCUUUCGCUGGAGAUCACGAACGCCGGAGUACUCUCAACCCAGCAAACAGCCAUGGCAGAAAACGCCGGCUUGGAUAACCACCGUAUCAAGAGCUUCAAAAACAAGGGACGCGAUGUCGAGACUAUGAGAAGACAUCGAAAUGACGUGACAGUCGAGCUGAGGAAGAACAAACGAGACGAGCAUCUACUGAAGAAGAGGAAUGUCCCACAGGAGGAGAGUCUGGAGGACUCCGACUUCGACUCCGACUUCAAAGGGCAAAACGUCACACUAGAGGCCAUCUUACAGAACGCCACCAGUGAUAAUGCGGUGGUCCAGCUUAGUGCCGUACAGGCUGCCAGAAAACUCCUCUCCAGUGACAGAAACCCUCCCAUUGAUGACUUGAUAAAGUCUGGCAUCCUGCCCAUCUUAGUCAAAUGUCUGGAGAGAGACGACAAUCCGUCUCUCCAGUUCGAGGCAGCCUGGGCCCUGACCAACAUAGCGUCUGGCACGUCACAACAGACCCAGGCUGUGGUCAAAUCCAAUGCUGUUCCCCUGUUCCUGCGGCUGCUCCACUCUCCCCAUCACAAUGUGUGUGAACAGGCCGUGUGGGCGCUAGGCAACAUCAUAGGCGACGGGCCACAGUGCAGGGAUUACGUCAUCUCCCUGGGCGUGGUCAAGCCCCUGCUCUCGUUUAUUAACCCCUCCAUCCCCAUCACCUUCCUCCGUAACGUCACCUGGGUCAUCGUCAACCUCUGCCGCAACAAGGACCCACCGCCCCCCAUGGAAACAGUACAGGAGCUUCUCCCAGCGCUGUGUGUUCUUAUAUACCACACAGAUAUAAAUAUCCUUGUGGAUACGGUGUGGGCUCUGUCCUACCUGACAGACGGUGGGAAUGAGCAGAUUCAGAUGGUGAUAGACUCUGGGGUGGUCCCCUUCCUUGUCCCCCUGCUCAGCCACCAGGAGGUCAAAGUUCAGACUGCUGCUCUGAGGGCGGUGGGGAACAUUGUGACGGGGACAGACGAGCAGACACAGGUGGUGCUCAACUGUGACGUCCUCUCCCACUUUCCCAACCUGCUCACACACCCCAAAGAGAAGAUCAACAAGGAAGCAGUGUGGUUCCUGUCCAAUAUCACGGCUGGGAACCAGCAGCAGGUUCAGGCAGUGAUCGACGCAGGACUCGUCCCCUUGAUCAUCCACCAACUGGCCAAGGGGGACUUUGGGACUCAGAAGGAGGCAGCAUGGGCCAUCAGCAACCUCACCAUCAGCGGCAGGAAAGACCAGGUGGAGUACCUGGUGCAGCAGAAUGUGAUCCCUCCGUUCUGCAGCCUGCUGUCAGUGAAGGACUCCCAGGUGGUCCAGGUGGUCCUAGACGGCCUCAAGAACGUCCUCAUCAUGGCCGGAGAUGAGGCCAGCACCAUCGCUGAGAUCAUAGAGGAGUGUGGAGGUCUUGAGAAGGUUGAGAAUCUGCAGCAACAUGAGAAUGAGGACAUCUACAAACUAGCCUUCGAGAUCAUCGACCAGUACUUCUCAGGCGACGAUAUUGAUGAGGAUCCCAGUUUAAUUCCUGAAGCCACCCAAGGAGGGACAUUCAACUUUGACCCCGCCUCCAACCUGCAGACGAAGGAGUUCAAGUUCUAGGAGCCGGUCCAUCGAGCUGCACGGGUACUGUCAAACCCACCUCAGACAUUCAUCCAUCUAUCUCUCCACCAACCUGGCAACCUGCUACAGAAGGAUUGUACCCAUCUACCAUUACUAUUACUUCAACAUGGCCACCCAUCUUGCAAUUGAAGGAUUCGCCCACCACCACCGCCACAAUAAUUCACCUCUGUACUGAAGGGUCCCUGAAAACUACCACCCUCCACCACAACCUGGCAACCCAUACGGGUCCAGGUCAUUCGUCCAGCACCAGUACAAUCUGAUCUCAGGCAGUCCUAGCAAAUGCUUUGAAAUGUCACGUGAAAAUCACAAGGAAGGAAGAAAAAGCCUUUUGGGGCAAUAUUUUUGAAUUGCCAAAUGUCACUAUCUACACACACAUGCACAAAAACACAGUUGAAGACACUUGGAAAGAAUUUGUGUGCAUACUUGUUUUAGAAGCUAAUAUAUCACAGAUGGGGAAAGGAUACUGCCGUUUGUUUGCGGUUUAGUUUUGUGCUUCACUCCUGGAUUGUCAUUCUCCCUCUGUCGUGGACACUCACACAGACGCGCACACAGACACACACACACUCACUCACUCACAUAGUCUCUCUGUAGUGAUGGCCGAGCACCCCAGUGCCCCCCAAUUGAAGACGUUAACCCUAGAGCUAACCCAUGAAUAGCCAUGGACCCCAUCCCACUUCCCAAAGUCCUAGGACAGGAAAGGGUGGGCUUUAGGCGAAAGAGGAUUCUGUGACUGACUGAAAUAUAUUGUAUUACUUUUUCCUUUUGACUUCUCUUGAAUCAUAAAGUGGAGUUAUUGAUUUUUAUGUAUCUAAAAAAAGGAAAUUUGUAAAAAAUAUAUCAUACUGCAAAACUCGUACAUAAAGAAGUAUACAAUUGUUUUGCAAUUUUGCUCUAAUUCAGGGGAGAGCAAAAUAAAAAGCUUUUUACAGAUCUGGCUACCCAAGUUGGAGGAAAAUACCUCUGGAUAUUGUGACGGAAUAUCUCUACUGUAGCCCUGUUCCCCAGAGGACAUUAAAUCCUGCUGCACAAGUGAUGUCACGUCAUGUGGAGGGGCAGGUAGUGAUGUCACUAUUGGGAUAUCCAACAGAGUAGUUGACAGGUGAAUCUCACCUGAAUUCUUCAAUACCAGAACAGUCAAACUCAAACAAACCUAUAUUUGGCAAUGCUCAGUGCUAUCCGGGAAACUUGGGACGUCCCUACCCUUAACCCUAAUCUUAACCAUAACCCUUACGUAACCCUUAUCCAUUUUUAAAUGUCUACUUCAAUGGGGGUAUUGACGUCCCAAGGAUUCCAGCUAGCACGGACCAUUUGGCAAAUCUGGGAUUUUUUGGGGUUUCUCUUUUUUAAAUUCUCCCAUUCUUUUAAAGAUAUGUAUAUUUUAUGUUGAAAUUGAAAAAAAUCUACUUGGCUUGUUCUGGUCCAGGCUGUGGAGCUUCCAGAUUUGCCGUUUUUACUUGUAUUAUUUCAUCUUAUGCACAUGUCUGAGAGGUAUAGUUUUUCUCUCUUCCUGCGGAAAGAGACAGAUACUGAAGACGGGACUAACGGAGGAUAGAACACGACCUCUGACCUAUACAAAACUUUACACUCAUCUGGGGGGUUUUCGUGUUUUUUUUGUCACGUCAUCACCAACCUGAAUAAUUGUACAAAAUGCAAUGUGUAUCUCUUAAACUCGUCUCUUGAGAAUAUAUAAAUAUAUAUUUCCAUAAUGCCUGUACAAAGCUGCUGCAGAUGACAAGUCAUUGUUGGAACUGGACUCACCCUGCAGAACGAUAACCUACGUACUAUCAAAGACGGACUGGGGGGUUUGUUCAGUUGUUGUUUUUUGAUUUUUGUUUUAUCUUUAUUUUUGUAACAUUCAUAUGUAUUGUGAUGACAUGCUGAUGAACCUGACACCUGUGUCAUUUUACCGUCCCAGAGCUGGUCCCAGUUGGUCUCCAGGACCUAGGUCUCUGGUCUGGACUUGUUUUCCUCGGUUAUGGCCUGUUCAAACAGUGCACAGCAAAAGCAGGGAAGUUGUUGUUUUCAAUGGAAGCUUGGCAGCAGUAGCAAUGGGGCGUUUCUAGGUGAGGUCUCGCCCACGAAAGGUUGGUCCAGUCAUCCGGUCACUACUGUAGAGGUCAAAUAAGUUGCUACUCUGCCACCACAAGGCAUAAUACUAUUUUGCAGCUGUAUGUUUGAACAGGCCAUUAGGCUGCUAACUACUGAUAGACGGUGGGUGGGUGGAGGCGCAGGCAGUAGUGGGUUUGGAUUAGGGGUGGGAAAGGGAGUAGUUGUUUAUUGCUGAUGAACAAAACCUUAGAGGGGGUGUACAGUCAUGAACUAUCCGCCUAGACGGACCGAGCCACUUUAAAGAAUUACAAUUUCUUUGUCUUGUAUCGGAAAACGAUACAAGCUUAUGUUUGUUGCAAGAUUUUUACUUGCCGGAGAAAAGUUGUUUUAAAUAAGAGAAUAGAGAGAAAUAGCAACAGACUGCGUUUUGGCCUCAAUGUUUAUAUAUUUUUUAAAAUAAAUGUUAGAUUGAAUUCUUCUCUUUAAGGUGGCUCACUGAUGCUUUCAACUCUUGUGCAUAUUAAAGGCGAGAAUGAGUUGAAAUUCAUUGACAUUGUGCCUUUUUGUUUUUCAUUUCUACGAAACUAAAGUUUUUCCUCGAACGUACUAAUGAAAAAAACAAAUGCUAGAAGCUGUUGGAGCAUCUGAAAUUGGUGUGUGUGUGUGGUGUCUCCCUUAUUACUGGAGUCUGCCAUGGGAUUAGUCAAUGCUGCUCUGCUGUAGUGAUUGUUCUACUCCUAUUUUAUUGGCUAAGCCAUAGAGAUCCUAUUAAUAAUAUUAUAAUUCCUAAUUCUAUGGGCUGAGCAGUGUAACCCAUUUUGACAUGUCCAGCCAUAUCUACAUUCACCUCACCACAAACAAACCCAUCAAUGUCACAUUCUGCUAACCAAUCGGGGGAUUAUGAUGAUAUCACUUCCUCCCAUCUCGCCCUCAGGACAUGGUCUCUGUAUUACUGAUCCUAACCAAAAUAAACUUCCUGUUAGCCGUUGGAUCCUCA